AUGGCGAGUGAACGCCUGGCAGGCUGGCGAGCAUCCAGUGGAUCUGCGAGGAGGGCAGUGUCUGAUGACAGGGCCGUGGGCCGUGAGCCGCAAGCCACCUCGGGUGUUUUUGAUGUAUGGCACAGGAGGCCCAGGCAGCAGCGAGCCAUUGGCCUGGUCACCUGGAUUAGCGUUUGCUAUUGCCAUUAUUGCCUUCUUGGCUUCUCAUCCUCCUCAACCUCCUCGACCGUGACCUUGACAUCCUUCGCCAUAUGCAGAGGUCGGCGAGCAUCGCUCUCGUCUUUACUUUUUUUGCCCCAGGCCCAGGCGAAGGCGGCUGAGACGGCUGAGGCGCAGAAAGCCUCGCCUUCCGCGCCGCUUGCCAAGCUCCCUCCAGGGAGUCGCGUUCUUGACUUGGGUGGCCUGCUGUCUGCAUCCGUGGAGCAGGACCUCGAGAAAGCGAUCGAUUUGCUGGAGCGUGACACGCCGUAUCGAUUCCGGUUGGUGUGCCCGCCUCCAGGUUACGGCCCUCAAGACAAGGCCCUGUGGUCUGACUUUGUGAAGAGCGCGGGCCAAUACUUUGCACAAGAAGCCCAGUGGGACCCUGCCAAUGCGGUCGUACUACUGGUCUCUCCUCGGACUUCUGCUGGGCGCACAGCAAAUCUUCUAAAUUUCUCGGUUGCCACCAAGCUUACUCAACGGUUGCAGUACCGCAUUGCAUCUGAUACAUUCACAAAGAUUUCCAACAAAUAUGGGGACAGUCAAUUUGUGAGGCAGGCAGGCGAGGGAGAAGCUGCCGCACUGGCCGCAAUGAACGCCAUCGCGUGCCUUCGCAAGGGGGUCUGUAUGCAGCCCCUGAGGGACGACGAGGCACGGGAGGUGGCCUUUGAAAGGAAAGCAGCGGUCAGCACCGCCGAGGCCUUGGCGGUUGCGGGCAUGUGA